GUCUGACCCAGCUCAGCAACCUGCUCCUGGGGGUCCCGAAGGGGGAGCGCCUGGUGGGGGCCCCCCCGGGCCACCCCCCAAUCUGAGCAGUAACCGUCGACUGCAACAGACGCAGGCCCAAGUGGAGGAGGUGGUUGAUAUAAUGCGUGUGAAUGUAGACAAGGUGCUGGAACGAGACCAGAAACUGUCAGAGCUCGAUGACCGGGCAGAUGCACUUCAGGCUGGUGCCUCACAAUUCGAAAGCAGUGCGGCAAAACUCAAAAGGAAGUACUGGUGGAAGAACUGCAAGAUGAUGAUCAUGAUGGGAGUGAUUUGUGCCAUUGUGGUGGUGGUGAUUGUAAUCUACUUUUUUACUUGAAUGUAGCUCCUUCAGUCUACAGCCUACUGUCCCCUGUCACCUUGCCUGUCUCUUCUUGCUCCUGAAUCUUUCCUUCCCUUCCACCUAGCUUCUUCAUUAACUUCUUUAUUGGUUUUAAUUUGUCUUCUGUAUAGGACUCUAAAGCACUCUACUGAACAUGGUUAGACUCUUCAACAGCUGCUGCAGCUUUAGGGAGGGUCAUCUGAGUUUAGAGGAAAGGGAAGUAGAGGAGGAGUGGGUAGCUAAUGCUCCUGCUCUUCUGCAGGGAAUUUUUGUGGUUUAUUUUUGGCUGUGAGCUUGUCAAAUAGUGCCUGUGUGGACUCUAGCAAAAUAAGAAUGCCUUAAUGCAGUGCCUUUGGGGAUGAAGGACUCCAGCAUGUGAGAUUCUUUAGUUUUCUGCCUAGAAAGAGUGGCAGCAUGACUUAAGCUUUUCAUUGAGCUUCUGAAAUAAAGGCUAGUUUGUGUUGGUCAGUGGCUGUGAGCCAUCUGUCUGAGCUAGAUAUAGUCAUCUAGAUUUCUCUAGCCAUGGAGAGAUGAGCACUUGAAGAAACUAUUUAUUCUGC